CAGUACACAUUUCAGUUAGUGGGCUUUUUCAUCCCUUUGGGAAGCUACACUUUAAUACUCAUGUUUGUUAAUUUUAGAUUGUUCUUUAAACAUUGCCAAAAAAUAUUUUGUUUUACAGUUGACAUUUUCAAUACCAGACAGCCAAUUUACAAACCUUACAAAGUCACUCUUUUGAGGCCCCCUCCGAUUCUCGAGACUCGAGACUCCAUCCUCGAAAGUUUCGAGAAUCGAGAAUCAAGUCUCGAGUCUCGAUGAUUGAGAUGCCACAGACUGUCAACUUACUUUUGAGCGGUACUGUAGGAUGCCUGAACAGGAGUCUGGAGUGCAGUUUUUAUUUGUUAAUGGUACUUUAAUACAUGUAUGCAAUUUUUUUCUAGGUACCUGGAAAUUUUCAUGUUUCUACUCAUGGUGCAGGCCAACAGGUGCAGUAUUCGUUAAUAAGAAUUUAAUUCCGUAACAUAAAGUGAGAAUAAGCUACAGUGUAUAGUGCUUUUAUGUGAAAUUAGGCUAAUUUGUGGCAGAGAGAAAAUGGCCAACAUUCACCCUUUUUAACCUAAUCAAAAACAUAUACACAUGUAGGAAGCAGUCUGUCAACUACAGCCUUUACAGUGGUUACCAAUAGCAUGGGCCCUCAAAAAGUUUUUUCUCUCAGAUGAAACUUGAGAUUGCUUGUCCAAACAUCAAUCGUUUCCAUGGUUUUUUCAUUUGUUUCAUCUGUUUGGUAGAAAUGCUUUUCUGAUAUUUAUCCACAGCCAGACAAACCAGACAUGGCACAUAUAAUUAACUCUAUCAACUUUGGAACAGAAAUUAAGGUACUGUAAGUUGUAAAUCAUAUUGCACUUGUUUUUUGACCCAAGAUCAUCAUGACUUCAGCUUUGUUUGGAAGAGUAACUCUGCUCAGCUCACUAAUAGGAAAAAAGAUUACUCUUGUAGAAAAAAACUUCUUGGCUUGUAUGUUUUAUUUUUCCAGUAAAGGUCUCAGGGGAAUUGUGCGUUUGAAUGAUACGAACGUUUAAGGAAACAGUUCUCUAGAGUACUAUCACAUGACCUACAUUGGAAAAACAAAACGUGCAAGCUAAUGAGGUCUAUGAUUAAGUGUUUUGAAGCUGCACUUGUUGCCACAGAAGGAUUGCUUACAACAUUCUUCACCCCCUGGUUAUUCAAACGUUGGAUAGCACUUUCAAACGGAUUAAUCAAUCUCCGGUGGGUAAGGGAAACCAAGUGAAUCCACUGAAUAGAGAUUUAUCCACUGGAUAACUUUAUUCACCUUUUGAAGAACUUGGCACUGGCACACUAAUAACUAUAAAGCACCCUAAUAAAUAGGUCUUUACCUCCCCGCGGUGUUCAGAUUUUCUUUUUAUGAUUUUUCCUAGAAAACAUAUGUAACUCCUAGGAAGGAUGAUCAUUUUUUACCUGACCAAAACAGUUUCAGUUUCAUUCUCUGUUGUGUUUCUAUGUUAAGCUGCAUGGAAAUUAAGAUGUUUUUUUUUCUACUUUAUAGGAGAAAAUUCCGGGUGCAUUUGUGGCAUUAAAAGGACAGAACAGAGAGCACGUAAAUAGUAAGUACAAAGUCAUGAUAUUUUAAUAUGAUCAUAUUAAAUCAAUGUAUCCUUUGGUUGCAGUUUCUAUAAUUUUUUUCCAGAGCGUCCUCCAUGUAUAAACCCCCCAAACCCGGUAACGCCAAAAACCCUCUGUUAAAUCGCCCCUCCAAAUAUAAGCCUCCAGGGCCUUGUACUUGGAAUUGCCCUCAAAUACAAAGUAAAACAAGCAAAAACGGUAAAUUUACUUCCAACUGUAAGGCUAGCCUCCCCGCAGACGUCCGUUGGGGUUCGGUUGUUGUCACGCAUGCGUGACAACAACCGUACCCCAACGGACGUCUGCGGGGAGGCUAACUAUAAGGCUAGCCCAAUCGAUUUUGAAACGCAAAUUUCCGUCCGUAGAUAAGCCCCUCCGAAUAUAAGCCCCUCCAAAAAUAAGCCCCUCAAAAAGGGCCUUUGAAAAAUAUAAGCCCCGGGGCUUAUUUUCGGAAUUUUACGGUUUAGCAGUACAUGUUCAGGGGGACUGGUAAGUUAGCCCGUAGGGGCAUAGUGGGAACGAGAUUCUAAUUUUUCUCAUAAUAUUAGAGUUGAAUCUCAAUAAUAACACAAACUGGAUUCAUGUAACAUCCAUGUGCAUUUUCAAAUAAGGUAAAUAUUUUCUGUUUUAGGCUUGUCCUCACAUGAUUAUGUAUUGAAGAUUGUUCCUACAAUCUAUGAGAAGUUGGAUGGCAGCAAAACAUUCACCUACCAGUAUACCUGGGCUUACAAGGUUGGCACGCCAAUUAACUGCAAGUACAGAUAACAAGUGCUACUACAAUCAUGUGUAGUUCCAAAAUACAUACUUAAUGUACACAAAAAUGAAAUGACGAAAUUCAAAUGGAAUAUCAUAUACCAAGCAGAAGUCACGACAUCGCACUCGAAGCAAACUUACAUUGGUCUUUGUGACACAUCAUUCAAAUCGCGUUACAGAAACCACACUUGCUCCUUUAGAAAUGAACGUUAUAGAAAUUCCACUGAGCUAAGCAAGUAUGUAUGGGGCUUGAAAGACAAGAAAACUGACUACCAAAUUAGAUGGCGGUGUAUUAGACAUGCAAGAUCCUAUUCAAAUGUAACGAAGAAGUGUAAUUUAUGUCUGUGGGAGAAGUACUAUAUAAUUUGUAGACCGAAUAUGGCGACCCUGAACAACAGAAAUGAACUCGUAUCAAGUUGCAGACAUGCAAAGAAAUUUCUUCUAAAUAACGUGAUUAUUUAAGCCUGUAAGACGUAUUUUAUUUUUUCUUUUUCAGCGGUUUACUGAAAAUUGUUUAUCCGUUGCUAUACAACCCAGCCUAUUAUGAAUCGCUACCGUUUUUUUCAAAAUCACUAUAAAACACCAUGUAUUGUUUCUUUUUGGCAGUUGCCUGAUGAUUGCUUCUCAUGAAGCAUGAAACUCUGAGUAGCAAGUAAAUGUUUUUGACCUAGUUCAAGUCUACGUAUCUACUUAAUGUACACUGUAUGUUGAGUCUUGUUCUUCGAGCCAGUUUACUUUGAGCUAUAACAGAUGGGAGAAAAUAGAUAUAAACUAAAAUGUAGUGUAAAUGCUAAUGUAAACUUUGUACCACAGUGAAAACUACUAGUUUUCCAGUAAUUGUGUCAUCCAUAGAGGAUAUUACAUGGCCGCGCGGAGAUACGAAAUUUCUCUUCAAGUGUUGAAAAAUAUUUCACGAGUGAGCGCAGCGAACAAGUGAAAUAUUUUUUCAACACGAGAAGAGAAAAUUCGUAUCUCCAAGCGGCGAAGUAAUGUUCUAUUUAUUAUAUAAACACCAAUGAACUACCAAACCAUUUCACUUUAAUAGUUUUUUGGUGUGAAAGACGCGAUUUAUUGUGAAGCCAUAGCAACGGUGAUAUUUUCACAUGUGAAGAUACCAAGUUUUCGCGCGAAAGCUCACCUGGUAUUUCAUUGGUGUUUAUAUGAUAAAAUGAAGUCUUAACUUACUUGCUAAUAAUACAGUGUGCCCGAAAAAACGGUCAUUUCUUGGUAGGAUCGCAAAAGUGUCAGAAUACAAAGGAUUCCAACUUACAUGUAACCCAUACUGCGACACACAGUACACGUAGGUAACAAACACCGCACCCCCCCUUUCUACCAAACAUUUUUUCGCCAGAUUGGCCUUGAUAAUUCGUUGUGUUCACUCUAUGCGCUCAACAAUAAACGUGGAAAUUACAUGUACAGCUGUAGGUAACUGAAUAUGGAAAUUUAGCUGUUAUACUUAAGCCCUUAAAGGCCACAGUGUAGAUGAUCUUCUUAUCUGCCCUGUUAUUGCCCGUUUGUAGGAUUACGUUGCUUACGGACAUGGAGGGCGGAUUUUACCAGGUAAAGUAUCAAUAAAAUGUUUUUAAGAUUGCAGUAGCAGGGCUGUCAUGAGGUUUUAAGAAGCUGGUCUCCCAGGGAAAGCAGCCGGUUAUUAUUUUAUCCUUCAAAUUCUCCUCUAUUUCUUGUUUUGUUAUGUUUAACUCAUUCUCAAACUUAGAGUAGCCGGCUGAUAUAUUACAGUAGUCGGCCACUAAUGAUAGCCCUGAGUGUACUGAGCUACCCAAAAUUGUCACAGUUUGUAACUUUACCCUCACAUCAGACAGCUGCCAAACAGCCAAACAUUUUACUUUUAUUUUAUUGUUCAGUAGAUGUGCAGGUAUUCAGCGGUACUGCAGUAUCAGAAAUACGUGUAUCGCAGAACCUCGCUAGGCUCAGCGGAGGAGGCCUAUAAAAUAUCAGGGAUGGGAGGGCGGGACAAAAUGCUUUCUUAUUUAUACUAAAGGUUGCCGUAUAUGUUCUUGUUUUAGCCAUUUGGUUUCGGUAUGAUUUAAGCCCCAUAACAGUAAAGUAUGUGGAGAGACGAAAGCCUCUUUAUCACUUCAUAACCACGGUAUGGUCUAACGAUUGCUUCACUGUCAUUUUUACAAAAGAGUUGCAUCAGUUAUUUUAGCAGGCUUAUCAUAAGAAUUAGAUUCAGAAGUUGCUUUUGGCGACUUUUUCCCGAAUCAGAUUUACUGUAAAAGUCAUCUCUGAAUGUUUGCAAUCGACCAUGUUAUGUUACCUGUCUUUUUGCUUCUUUCAGGUGUGCGCAAUCGUUGGAGGAACAUUUACUGUAGCUGGAAUAAUCGACUCCAUUAUAUUCACGGCUAGUGAACUAUUUAAAAAAGCUCAACUUGGAAAGUUAAGCUAGUCGAGGCCAUUUAUGAUGCGUUCGAUUGUCUUUUUUCUGAAUACAAAUCCUUGCUCAGGCAGAUCUAAUGACUCACUGGUAAUAUCAUUCCUCGUGUUGUGCAAUGCAUUGUUGCAGUGCAUUAAAUAUAAAGUACUUGAAAUGUAGAAGUCAAACCCUCGGUUUUUGGGCGGGUCUGUUUAUUAUAGAUACCCUAUAGCUUUGUUUAGAUGUCAGAAAGUGACGUUGAAUGAUUGUCAGCAACACUGAAGCAUUUUUCAGCCAGCUGAUACGUUCAAGCAAGGGUUCAGGAAAAAGAACAACUUUAUUUCAAGUUCGUAGUACAUUUUUUGUACGCUUAGCCUCUAUAUUUAAUUGUAUUCCAAAGCAUCUCGCCUUUUACACUUUCUGUAUAUUCCUAUUGCAGUCAAGUCCAGAGUUCAAUCAAUUGAGAGUACCAUAAUUGUUUUUUGAAUAAGUUAAUGAUAGUAAGAACUUAAAAAAUUCAUCUAUCAACAGUUUAUCAUAGGCUGUUUGCCAUGUAUUCUUUUGUAAAAAUAUUCUUAAGCAUUUCUUUAUUUCAUCAUUUUUUGCUUGAAUCAGAAUACUGUUAUGGACUGUUUCGUAUGUGAGGAUUUUCAAUGUUUUUUAUUAUUAUAUUCAGGGAAUUUUAAACGACGUAAAUUAUAUUGUACUUGUAGAUGUGAUGUCCGAUUUUGGAUGCUGUAAUUGAUUAUUUCUAUUAAAAGAAAAAGUGCAUUUUUGGGUGUAUAAUGGGUUAGGGGUUGAGAUGAAUAAAACUGAUA